AUGUGUAUUUGGAUUAUAAAUUAUCAAGCAGGACAAACUGUUUAUCAACCAAUUAUUCAGUUAUUUGGUUAUGAUAGUAUAUAUCAUGAAAUAAUUUUCGUAAAUAAUAAAUAUCAAUGGCCAAUUACUCAAGGUCUUUUUAAGAUCUAUGUUCAACUUAAUCCUGGUGAAAAUAUAAUUCACCUAUCAACAUUGACAUCUGAAUUAUCAUUUACACUGAUCUAUUGUCCAUUAAAAACAACUAAUAUUAUCGUUCGUCUUAUCUAUAUAUCAUUUCCUGAUGAAACAAACAAUAAUAUAGAACAUAUAUGUAAACAAUUUGUUUUUCUAACUAAACUUGUUCGAUGUACAUUCGAUGAAAUUCUUCAUAAACAAAUGCGAUAUAAACGUUCAUUAAUAUUUGAUAUUGAAAAGAAAAUUCAUCAUGUAUCAAUGUUAAAAAACAAUUUUGAAAAUAAAAUAAUUGAUAAGGAAAUAUUUAAAGAAAUCUAUCGUCAAAUAUAUGCAAUGGAUUUUGUUCAAAAUUCAUCUGUUAAACUUAUUAUCAAUUCAUCAAUUGCACCAUCAUUGAAAUUUGCUUUCACAUUUAAUAAUAUGAUUGUUUUCAAUUUACCUGAACAAUUUUGUCAUCUUCCAUCAUCAUUUGAUGAAUUCUAUGAAAAUCUUAAAACAAUUAAAGCUGAAUCUUUAUUCUAUUCAAUUGGUGCUUAUCUACAUGAACUCGGGCAUUUAUUUGGUCUUGAUCAUGGAGAUAAUCAAAGUGAAACAAUCAUGUCAUCAUCUAAAGGUUAUAUAGAAUCUGGAAAAGAUUUUUUUCUUAUUAGUCAACGUUUAUGUUCGAUUAUAUCCAAUCGACAAUGUUCGUGCUAUAAAGAACCACUAUUACAUAUGUCAUGUUCAUAUUCAAAUGGAUUAUUAACUAAAGAUUCUGUUAAUUUAAAAUCUUUAUGUAAAUCAGAUAUUCAUUGUCAAUUUGCAUUAAAAUUUAAUCAUUUUAAAUAUAAUGAAAUACCAAAUCAAUGUAUAUGUAAUGGACAAUUUCAUUUUGAAAAUAAUCAUUGUAAUCAAUUGAUAAGUCAAUUUAAUGUAGAAUAA